AUAACAAAUAAAAAGAAAAAAAUACAGAGCUUGUAAGUCCCUCCCAAGUGGCGAUUCCAAUCCCUUAACGACUCCAAAUCCCCAACCUCUGCCGCGUUGCGUGACGGCUGGUUGCAACUCCGCCUGCGGCGUGUCCUCUUCUCUGGGUUAGAAACUAGCUGAUUUCACAUUUAUUGGAAACAGUUUGAAGUUGAAAAUAAGAGAAACUGCUGCUUUUGAACCUGGAGAUCUUGCUUGAGCUUUAGAUUGUGUCAGGGCACAAGAGCUUGAAAUGAGUGUCAAAGAAACAUCCAAGAAAACUGGUGCUCCCCAAAUUGUUAAGUUGGACAAGGCAUUGAAAUUGGCCGAGUUAUGGGUAAAUAAUAUGAGUAAAGAUGCUGAUGAUCAUAGAACAAAUGCAGAUUUAGAGGGUAGACCUUCCGGGCUUGGUCUAGGUGCAAAAGUUUCACGCCGAUCAAAAUAUGUACCUUCCGAUGACCCUGUUGAAAAGAAGUUGUAUGCCAAAUUGACUGCUGAAAAAAGAAAAGCAGCCAACAUUGCUAAGGAGUCUGCCACAACUGCGAGAGAUGAUUUAGAUGACGAUGAAGACAGCGAGGACUUGGAUAGCAGAACUAAUGCGUUUGCUAAGCGGAAGGCAACGGCACCUCUGAUCUCAUCUAUAUUGCGAAAUAAGAAGCAGAAGUGACAUUUUCUGAUGAGUUCUUUUUUGCUGCAAGGCUGUAAAGUAUUCACAUUUUGCAUUUGCCUUGUUGGAAUUUUGACUUAAUAUACAUUUUUCCUGAUUGACAUUUUAACAUUUGAGCACAUAUACUUUUACGUGUAAUUGAUACUAAUUUCAAUGAAGAAUUGGUGUCGUUUGUCGGGGAACACAUACUUGUGUAUGCCCAAUUUGUCUUGGCCAUGAUGUUUUUUACUGGGUGCAGAUUCUUACGUAUUGUGACCGCUAUAGGGAAUAGGAAAAUAUUAGCAUAAAUUGUUUAUGCGAAGCUGUAGUGACAUGACCAAUGGCGUUUUU